UCCUUACAUUUAUUUCUUCCACCGAAAGAAAAAAACAACAAAGUCCUUAUAUUGCAAUCAAUACAUUUUGCAGCAUUUUAACACAUAAAUCAAACAAGGGCAUCACUCUCAACUCUGCAGACCGAGUGGACCGCACGUGUCAUUUCUCCUUUCAGCGACCAGAGAGAAACUUCAAUGGACUUCAUGCGUUAUUGUCUCAAUGCGGACAAAACCUAAACACAUUACGACCCUCACAGAAAACAAGGCCCCCCUCUUCAGCUCGCACCGUCAUAUUAACGACGUUAAGUUGAAUAGUGAGGGUCCGCGGUGCGCAACGCAAACGCAAACCUUAACUCGGGUCUUUUGGCGAAGCCGCCUACUUACAUUACUCUACCAUUACGCAUUGAUUAGUUCCCAAACGGUGAAGCAGAGGAAUUUCUGGGUGCAGAUAUUGGACCACUCCUCUCUCUCUCUCUGUCUCUCUCUCUCUCUACUGCAUAUGAUUUUCUCUCCUCUCUCCACAGCCUGGCUGAUGCUUGGUGCUGAAAAGGAGGGGGGAGGGUGGUCUUGCAGUCGACGAGAGGAACAGGAGUUUAUUGAGGAGUAUAGCUGCAACGAGAGGGGAAAACGCAUGCAACUGAGCGCCGCUGCCUUUUGCGGAUGGUAACAAGAGGAAAAGGAAAAAGAAAAAGCGAAGAGAGGAUCGCGCCGGGGUUGAAUGGCCACUUUCUGCUGAGAAACUGCCGCUUGAAUUGUUUAACUUGUUGAUGCGACGCUAUUGUACCGUUUUCCUCUUUCGCCUGGCUGCAGUGACAGAUAGAUGGGAGGCGUAAUCGCAAGUGUUCUCUACCGAGGAUAGGUGUUUUAUUUCAACUCUCCGUGGAUACAGUUUAAAGAGCAGCCUUUCCUGAGAUGCAAUUCAUCUCCGAGCCGUAGCACUGUGAUCACCGGAGCGGGGUCGUUUUUGAAACACUAGCACAGGUCAGCAUGGCAGCAGGUGUAGCGGCGUGGCUCCCCUUCGCCCGAGCGGCGGCCAUAGGAUGGAUGCCCGUGGCGAGCACCCCGAUGCCCAUCCCUCCCCAGGAGAGGAAGAAAGCCAAGGACGGACUCAUCAUCCUCAACGUCAGCGGCACCAAGUUCCAGACGUGGCGGAACACUUUGGAGCGGUACCCGGACACUUUGCUGGGGAGCACGGAGAGGGACUUCUUUUUCCACGAGGAGACGAACGAGUACUUUUUCGACCGCGACCCGGACAUCUUCAGACACAUACUCAAUUUCUACCGUACGGGGAAACUACACUAUCCGCGCCAGGAGUGCAUAUCUGCCUACGACGAGGAGCUCGCCUUCUUCGGCAUCAUCCCGGAGAUCAUCGGGGACUGCUGCUAUGAGGAGUACAAGGACCGGAGGCGAGAAAACGCGGAGAGGCUCCAGGACGACGAGGAAUUAGACAUGGGCAAUGACGUCACGCCGGUGAACCUGACGUACCGGGAGUUCCUGUGGCGGGCUUUUGAAAACCCCCACACCAGCACCUUAGCUCUGGUCUUCUACUAUGUCACCGGCUUCUUCAUCGCCAUAUCGGUCAUGGCCAACGUGGUGGAGACGGUUCCGUGCGGGUCUCUGCCCAACAGGUCCAAGGAGGUUUCCUGUGGGGACCGGUACGCGCUGGCCUUCUUUUGUUUGGACACUGCUUGCGUCAUGAUAUUCACCGUCGAGUAUCUCCUCCGCCUGAUCGCCGCCCCCAGCCGCUACAAGUUCAUGAAGAGCGUGAUGAGCGUCAUCGACGUAGUGGCCAUCAUGCCUUACUACAUCGGCCUGGUCAUGACCGACAACGACCAGGUGAGCGGCGCCUUCGUCACGCUCAGAGUCUUCCGGGUCUUUCGGAUUUUCAAGUUCUCCCGGCAUUCCGCGGGGCUGCGCAUCCUGGGCUACACGCUGAAGAGCUGCGCCUCCGAGCUGGGCUUCCUGCUCUUCUCCCUCACCAUGGCCAUCAUCAUCUUCGCCACGGUCAUGUUUUAUGCAGAGAAAGGCUCCACGGCCACCAAGUUCACCAGCAUCCCCGCUGCGUUCUGGUACACCAUCGUCACCAUGACAACACUGGGGUAAGCUGUUAGCUGUUUGAGCUAAACACGCUAAACUCACACUCUCAGUUUUCUCUUCACCUCCACGAAACACCCACUUUUUCUCUUAAACACGAGCCCCCAUGUUGCUUCGUUACAAUGACAACACGUAGUAAUGAACCAUUUUUAUUCCUCUAAUUCCUGAGCAGUGAAAUUAGCAUGCUGGGC